UACCGCUCGCGCUCUGUCUGAAUAUCUGAAACGAGCGUAUUUUCGCAAAACAAAAAAAAACAACAUUAAUGUUAUAAUAACAAUUGACAUUGAAAAAUGCAUGACAACUCAACCAAUGAUCAAGUGGUUCUUGUAACUGGAGGAUACGAUCACACUGUCAAAGUAUGGCAAGCCCACACAGGUAUAUGCCUUCGCAGCAUGCAACAUGCCGAUUCUCAAGUCAAUGCCCUAGCCAUCACACCCAACAAACAUGUGGUCGCAGCGGCAGGAUAUCAGCACAUUCGAAUGUACGAUUUAAACUCUAGCAAUCCCAAUCCUGUGAUAAAUUAUGAAGGCAUUUCAAAGAACGUCAGCGGAGUUGGCUUUCAGGAAGAAGGAAAGUGGAUGUUUACUGGUGGGGAAGACUGUUCUGCCAGGAUUUGGGACUUGAGGUCAAGUACUUUUCAGUGCCAGAGGAUCUUUCAAGUCUCUGCACCAGUCAACUGUGUUUACCUACAUCCUAAUCAAGCAGAACUGAUUGUUGGAGAUCAGAGUGGAGUCAUCCAUCUUUGGGAUCUCAGAUCAGAUCACAAUGAGCAACUAAUACCAGAAGCAGAGGCUUCGAUUCAAGACGUAACUGUGAAUUGUUAUGGCACGUACAUGGCUGCUGUCAACAACAAGGGUCACUGUUUCAUCUGGGCUCUCAAUAGCAUUGGGGACGAGCCAACUAAAUUGAAUCCUCGUCAAAAACUAAAAGCACACAAAAGAUACGCCCUCAGGUGCAAGUUUAGUAGUAAUUUGCAGUAUCUGGUUACAACGGCCUCUGACGAGACUGCCAAGAUUUGGAAGACAUCCGACUUUUCAGAGUACAAGACGCUCUGUCACAACCAGAAGAGGUGGGUCUGGGAUGCGGCCUUCAGCGCUGACUCUCAGUACAUUUUCACAGCAUCGACCGACAGUAUCGUGAGAUUAUGGGACAUAGAGUCCGCUGAAGUCAAAAGAGAAUACAUUGGACAUCAAAAAGUUGUGUCGGCUCUAGCUUUCAGCGACGAGGUCAAAAACUAAAUUACACGGUUGUGAGAUCUUAAAGUAAUUGUACAUAAUACUUAG